AUGAAAUCUAUUUAUAUCAUAUUUAUAUCACUACUAAGUUAUACUUUAGCAGAUACAAUAUUAUGUAAUUCUACUCAAAGUUGUCCAGAAUCUUCUCCAUGUUGUUCACAAUUUGGUAUAUGUGGAUCUGGUGCUUAUUGUUUAGGAGGUUGUGAUAUAAGAUAUUCAUAUAAUUUAACUGCUUGUAUGCCAAUGCCAAGAAUGUAUGAUUAUCAAAAAACUUUUGAUUCAAAAGAUGAUAUUCAAGCUAUUGAAUUACAAACUGAAUAUUUAGGUAAUGCUUCUGAAGCUGAUUGGGUAUAUACUGGUUGGGUUGAUUAUUAUGAUAAUGCUUUAUUAUUACAAAUGCCAAAUCAUACUACUGGUACAGUUGUUUCUUCAACAAAAUAUUUAUGGUAUGGUAAAAUUGGUGCUACUUUAAAAACUUCUCAUGGUGGUGGUGUUGUAAGUGCUUUUAUUUUAUUUUCAGAUGUUCAAGAUGAAAUUGAUUUUGAAUAUGUUGGUUAUGAUUUGGUACAUCCUCAAUCAAAUUAUUAUGCUCAAGGUAUAUUAAAUUAUAAUAAUUCAAGAAAUUCUUCAGUAAAUAAUACUUUUGAAUAUUAUCAUUUAUAUGAAAUGGAUUGGCAUGAAGAUCAUAUUACUUGGUCAGUUGAUAAUAAAGAUGUUAGAACUUUAAAUAAAAAUGAUACUUGGAAUGAUACAACAAAAAGAUAUGAUUUCCCACAAACUCCUUCAAGAAUUCAAUUUUCUUUAUGGCCUGGAGGAGAUCCACAAAAUGGUCAAGGUACUAUAGAAUGGGCAGGAGGAGAAAUUGAUUGGAAUGCAGAAGAUAUUCAAAAAUAUGGUUAUUUUUAUGCUCAUGUUAAAGAAAUUCAUGUUGAAACUCAUGAUUUUCCUUCAAAUGUUACAAUGAAAGAUGGUAAUUCAACAAAUGAAGAAGAUUAUCAUGCAUUUUUAUAUGAUUCAACAAAGGGAAAUGAAGAAAAUAUUUAUUUAACAAAUAAAAAAACUUGGUUAGGAUCAGAUGAAGCAACAGGAUUUGAUCCACAAAAUGAAGAUGAUGAUGUUUUUAAUAAAAAUAUAACAUCAACUAUUAUAUCAACAAGUGGAUCAUCUGUUAUAACUUCAAUUCAUACAACUCAAUCAAAAGCUACAGCAAAUGCAGUAGCUCAAAAUACAGCAGCAGCAAAUCAAGCUACAGCUGCUCAACAAAAUACAAAUAAUAAUAACAAUAAUAACGGAUAUCAAUCUACUAAUGGUAUUGGUGGAUUUGUUCAAUUUUCAAACCCAACUGGUUCAACUACUGGUGGAUCAAAUGGUGUUGCAGUUGCAUAUUCAAAUAAUAAUUUAAGUAAUGUUUUUGUAGCUAUAGCAUUGGGUAUAUUUUCUUAUUUAUUUUAG